AUGCUGCCCUCGGGUCAGCGUCAGAGCCGAGUUGUGCAGCAGCUUCAAGAAAUAACAGGCUGCAGCAAACAAGCAGCAGUAGGAUUGUUAAGAGACAACAAUUUAAAUCUAGAGAGGGCGAUAGAUGCAUUUUACUCACUUUCAGCAGAUCGACGUAGGCAGCUGCAGCGGGACAACCCUAAUACUGCUGCUGCUGCUGCUGCUGCUACUGAUGCUGCUGGUGCUGGUGGGGUGUGUGGCAGCAGGAAGUUGCAGCCGAAAGAGCAGCGACUUGCUGCUGCGUUUUUCAAGGUGUAUGCAGUUGAAGAAGAAGGAGGCGAUGCUUCAAUUAAAGACGAAGGCCUCGAGAGGUUUGCUGCUGAUUUAGAAGUCGGUCUUGAUGAUAUAUUUUUUCUUUUGUUUGCUUUUUACUGCAACUGUCGCACUCAAGGGAUUAUAACUCGUGAAGAUUUUAUGAGGGGUUUGAAUAGUUUAGGUGUAUAUACACUUGAAGGAUUGAAGAGCGUCGUAAAUCCAGCUCGAGAAGAUUUAUUUAAAAACAUACAACUGUUGCGACAAGUAUAUCGAUAUGCGUUUGUUUAUUCAUUAGAACCUAUGCAAAAGCAGCUACCGACGGAGUUAGCUGUUGCCUACUGGGACCUGCUGCUUCGUCCGCUGCACUGGUGCUUCUUCUUUUCUUUUAUAGAAUAUGUUAAAGAUGUUGCUCAAAUAAAUACUAUUUCGAAGGACGUUUGGCUGAUGGUCUUUGAAUUCGCUGUUAACUCGCUCCCAAGUCCAGCAGAAGCAGAAGCAGCAGCAGCAGCUGCUGCUGCUGCAGCUGCUGCAGCAAGAGCAGCAGAGGGAACAGCAGCAGCAACAGGAGACGGAACAGAAGCAGAAGCAGAAGCAGCAGCAGAAGCUGCUGCUGCUGCAGCAAUAGAAGAAUGUCAGCAAGAAACAGUUGAACGAGCACUGAGAGAGUAUGAAGAUGAAGGGGCCUGGCCGCUGUUAAUCGACAGCUUCGUAGAGUGGAAGAGAAAUAAACAAAAAGAAAAACACAUAAAUAAACAAAAAGAAAAACAAAUAAAUAGUACUGAAAAUCAAACAGAAGAUACACCGGACGCACAACGCAUUCAAACUAAUAUUCAUAAUAAUACUAACUAA